CUGGAAGCAGGAAUAAAAGGCAGUCCUUGGCAGACUGGCAGCUCAAGUUGCUUUGGCACGUCUUGCUGUGGACUGCAUGAUGAGCAAGUCAAUGCUGUUCCUCGGCUUCCUUGUUGCCUUCCUUGGUCUGGCUCUGCCAGUCACCCAGGGGAAAAUCAUCCCCCGAUGUGAGCUGGUGAAGAUCCUACGUAAGAAUGGAUUUGAGGGCUUUCAGGGCAGAACUGUUGCUGACUGGAUGUGCCUGGUGAAGUACGAGAGUGGCUACAACACCAAAGCGUACAACAACAACGGCCCGAGCAGGGACUACGGCAUCUUCCAGAUCAACAGCAAGUACUGGUGCAAUGAUGGCAAGACCUCUGGAUCCAAGAAUGCCUGCAAUAUCUCUUGCUCAAAAUUGCAAGAUGAUAAUAUCGAGGAUGAUAUUCGGUGUGCCAAGAAGAUUGCUCAAGAGGCUCGUGGCCUCACUCCCUGGUACGGCUGGAAAAACCACUGCCAGGGCAGAAACCUGAGUUCCUUUGUCAAGGGUUGCUAAAUCGCUCCACAGGCAUCGACUGUCUUCUCAGCAUCACCAGAGACGAAGGCUGGAUCCAGGAACAGUGCACAAAUGGAAGGUGACAUCACCGAAACCACGUUUGUUUCUUCAUGUGCCUUCUGCUGCUGCUUUGGGGAGCAGUGACUGCUUUGAUGUUUAUGCAAUAAAGGGAU